UUAUUGUACUCUAAAUUUGGUAUGCUUCAGAAAAAUGCCCACUUUAGGAGCGAAGAUUGAGUUUAGUAUUCUCUGCGAAACACUUGAAAAAAUCUGCAAAUUUAAAGGACCUAAUCAAAAGUUCGAUGAAUUGAGAAAUUUUCUCCAAAAGUGUCAAGAACUGGGAAGAAAAUUAAAAAACGAAAAUGAAGAUACAGAUAUUUCUUUGUACCCAAUCUUGCGACUCUUAUUACCUGAGUUUGAAAGAGAUCGCGGACCACAUCAUUUAAAAGAGAAAUUGCUAACGUGUUUAUACAGCCGAAUAUUUUGUCUGGAGAAGAAGACUUUAUAUCGUCGAAACCAACAAAAAUACAGAACUGAAUAUGAUCGAGAAGACUUUUCUGAUCGUGUAUACAUCGCCGUACAAAAUCAGCUUAAAAAAAACAACAGUUCAUUAUCAGCUGAAGGAAUUAAUGAUUUUCUUGAUAGCAUUGCAAACAAGAACAUUUCAACUCAAAACAAAGAUGCAAUGUUUCUGACAAUAGCAAAGAAGCUCAGUCCUUUGGAAUUUAAGUGGCUAACUAAAAUUAUACUUAAAGAUUUACAACUUGGCAUCGGAAAAAAAAAAAUCUUUGAAGCUUUGCAUCCGAACGCCGAAGAGUUAUUUGAUGUGACGUCAAAUCUUCAUGAGGUUUGCAAUAGGUUGAAUGUUUGCGGCAGUCUAGAAAAACCAAGAAUUAGGAUAUUUUUUUACGUUAAGCCUAUGCUUUUGGAGCGUUUAAAAAUUGAAGAAGUGGAAAACUUGUUUCAGGAUCCAUCGCUAGAAUAUUUUGUGCAAAUAAAAUACGAUGGAGAGCGAUCUCAAAUUCACAUGGAAGAUGGAAAAUACAAAUAUUUCACAAGAAAUGGCUACGACAGACAUACAUACAAUGCAGGAUUUGGAGAAAGUUGUACUUCAGGUGGAUUUCUGUCCAAAAGUAUUUCAAGGCUGCUUGAUCAAAAUUGCCAUUCCCUGAUUCUUGAUGGGGAGUUAAUGGGCUGGCACAAAGCAAAAAGGAAUUUUAGUUCCCAAGGCAUGAAUUUUGAUGUCAGGAGCCUGACACCUGGAAGUUCUCAUCAGCCUUGUUUUGUCGCUUUCGAUUUAAUCAUGUACAACGAUGAGUUGUUCGUCGAUUCACCGUACAGUGAGAGGUGGGACAAGUUAGUGAGACUGUUCACAGAAGAAGAAGGAGUCAUGAUCCAAGCAAAAACAGUAAGAGUAUCUACAAGCGAGCAGAUUUUAGCAUUCUUCAACAAAUGUCUGGAUAAUGAAGAGGAAGGAGUUGUGGUGAAGAAGUAUGAUGGACUGUAUAAAUUGAAUGUUCGAGAACAAAGUGGGUGUUAUAAAAUAAAAGCAGAGUACACGGACGGAUUGACACAAGACUUGGACUUGGUAAUCUUGGGAGCUAAUUAUGGCGACGGAAAAUCGUCAGGAAAGUUGAAAAGCUUUCUGGUGGGAGUUGCAGAUCAGCCGGUAAAAGGAGGCAAACUGGCUAAAUUUCACUCAGUCGUAUCCGUUAGUUCUGGAUUGAAUUAUGAACAGCUAAAUAAGUUGCAGAAAUGUUUGAUGCUUUAUUGUCAAUCAAUAUGUCCGAAAGGCGUAGUAGGACCUCAAAAAAAUCCACCAGAUAUAUGGAUAAAUCCUGAAAAUUCGGUAAUCCUGCAACUCCGAGCAACUGAAAUUAUUCCAUCGAACAUUUAUCCUCUAGGGUACAGUUUAAGAUUUCCAAGAGUUGUAGCU